UGGACAGGAGACCGCUGGUGGGAUCUUCAAUCAUUGUUGCCUGAGAAUGGAGUGCCGUUCGCAUUCAUAUUAUAUGCUGACAAAACUCAUCUUUCAUUGGCCGGUACUGUCAAAGCAUACCCGGUAAUUGCCCGCUGUGGGAAUCUACCAGUCGACAUCAGGAAUGUCGAUGGUCCCGGAGGAGGGCGCCUGGUAGGUUGGUUACCGAUUGUUCCUGAGGAUUCAGAUGAGGAUGGCAAACUUUCCUACAUGAAUUUGAAGCAUGUUGUAUGGCACAAAUCAUUUUCGAUCCUGCUCAUAACUAUCCUGCUCUUAUCUGCAACUGGCUUUGCACACAAGUGCUAUGAUGGAAUUCAACGCUGGCUAUUCCCGUUAAUUCUGAUCCUAUCGGCUGAUUAUGAAGAGCAGUGUGUGAUGGCGCUAAUACGGGGCCUCAAUUCGGCCUGUCCUUGUCCCAUUUGCCUGGUCCCGAGAGAAGAGCUCACCGACCACUCAAUGACCUACCCUAAGCGCACU